AUGUACCCAUGUGCUCUUAAAUAUGACUUCACAUCGAACAACUUGGCUGCUCAAAAGAAGUCUUUCAUAAACGGAAAAGCCUGUUUCUUCAAUAUUGCCGAAUAUAAUUAUUCUGACGAACAUAUUAAAUAUUUAAAAAAGAACUAUGACAAAGUGGUCAAAAUUAUCACCACUAAACCGAAGAAUGAAUCGAAUUGCGCGGACCUUUAUUAUAUGUUCAACGAAUGUAGAUGCAUAGCAAACAUUUUUAGAGCGUCUCAGUCGGUUUACGAAGUAUCAAUAAUCGAUAUGAGCAUCAAUGAUACAAGAUUACUAAAAGCUCAGAAAAGCAGUACUGCAGCAAAGAAUUGCUUGACAGGAAAAUGCUACGCAGGAAACUCCAAUAGAGAAAUGGCGGUGAGGGAUUACGAGAGCCUCGUUUUGAAAAAUUCUGAGUUAUUCGCUUGCUUUAACUAUAUCCAGAAGACAAAACCGAAUCUUUCUAAUAACAAAUGUCUCGAUUUUGAUUUUUUCGCAACAAAUUCCAAAGCAAAGGUCGAAAUAUUUACAACAAAGAAGGCAUGCACGAAAACAAUAAUGGCAAACGUUUGUGGUGCGAAAGCUGUGAAAGAUUAUGAGAAGUAUAGACAACUGGCAGCCAAAAAACUGAAAGAUUUGAAUAACGUGUUUAAUAUGAUGCAAUAA